UUCGCAGGACCUUGGUCCAGCAUAAGGUGGGCGCCUGGCCCUGGCGUGUCCAAAACAAACCAAAAUACGAGGGGAGAUGGCUCUCCUUAUCUUCUCUCCUUUUAUCUCCUCUGUGUCUUCUCCUGCGUCGUCUCGAUCAACGGCCAUUGAAGCUACGCGGAUCUCAAGGUUGCAGAAUAAAUACAUUGCUUUGCAACCAAAACCAUUCAAUGGAAUUCAGAUCUUUACAAGUACACCUACUGGAGUUCCAGCAGGAAGAAUCUUGACUGUUCGAGCUUCUAUAGACACUGAUGGAAUGAGUCCCGAGGAUGAUGGGCCACCAGGAGAAGAUAAGGAAGAAACAGUGUCAGUUGAGAAUCUUCCUUUGGAGUCCAAGCUGCAGUUGAAGCUUGAGGCAAAACUGAGGAUGAAAUUGGCAAAGAAGAUAAGACUACGGCGGAAAAGGCUUGUCCGCAAGCGGCAAUUGAGGAAGAAGGGCCGAUGGCCCCCUUCAAAGAUGAAGAAGAACAAGAAUGUAUGACAAAUUCCUUCAGUUGCUGCUACAUGUUUAGUGGGCCUGGGGGUGAGAUCAAGCAUUUGCAAUUACUCACAUCAGCUCCAGCUGUUGCAAAUUGGACAGUAAUGAAAUUGUUACAUGUGCCUCUGCAUAACCUUUAUCUCUCAGGUGGUUGGAGUUCAGCAUAUUCCCUCUUACCAGACCCUCUUUUUUUUUUUUUUUUUUUUUUUUUCAGUAAUGCAGUUGUUACAUGCCUCUCUGCACAACUUUUUAUCUCUCAGGUCCUAAAAAUAACUCAAAUAAGUCUCAAUCUCUGAUUCUCUUCAUUUGAUUUGAGCGCCCACCACUAUCUCUAGUAUUUUUAGGGUAGAGAAAAUCUGGGUCUGAAUGCUUUUCAUACCAUAGUCAGCUUUAGCUUGGGCAAGCUGACUGUAAUGAAAUUGUUACAUGGCCCUCUCUACAACCUACAUUUCUCAGGUGGUGGUUAUGCUUCUAUGUUAUUCACCUAAGCUAUAAUAAGAGUUAGUUCCAUGUAAAUCAAACAGUACUUUUUUUCCAAAUCUGUAGUGAAGUGCACCAAAGAUAUUUGUUGUAAUUUUCUUCCAAAUCUACUGUGAAGUCCAUAAACUAGAAUCA